GGCCAACCUUCGGACGACCAGAUUUAGGACGGGAUCAUGAUGCAUAGGAACUGGGUAUGAAGCGAGUGAAGUCCUACUUGAAGCCUUUGAUGCCAUCCCACUGUCGCAGAGAUUUCAAGUUUAAAUAAGCCUGUCAGCAAAAAAGGACGUGUCAAACGCUAUUAUCAUACUUCUCCUUUUUUGGGUUCCAGGUCGGCGCGUUUUCAUCAAUUCCGUUCGAUGUUGUGCGCUUUGCUACGACUUUACGAAGGAGGAGUGCCUCUUAAGUUGCCACCGCAUGGUGAUACAUGACCAUACGUUUCAUUUGGCCGCCGCCCGUUGAGCCCGGAGCAGUGUCAAUCCGAGAUGCUGGCGCUGAUGCUGUGUAUCUGCUCCUUUUGUUCGCCGGCUAUAAAUGCAGACAGUAGCUUUAUUCUCCAUCCAUCCUCUUUUCUGACUGUGAAACUUGCUGGACGACCUUCUCAUUCCCUCGCCAUCUCGAGCAACUCACCUGUAUCAUGUACAAAUCACCGGCUCGGCUUCUCUCGGUCCUCGUCCUCCUAUGCACUCUGUCAGCACAGGCCGCACCCUCUCGGCGCCAGGCUAUCCAGUGCUCUCCGACGGACAAGACCGGCUCGCCGCUCGUCAGCAGCGAAGGCAGCGAAUCCUUCGUGACCUGCACGUAUGAGUCGGCCGGGCCGUGCAGUUACUUCCCUGCGGAUGGCUCGUUCUCGUCUGGGAGCAGUGACUGCCCCCAAGGCAUCGCGCAGGCGGACAGCGCUACUACCGAUUUGCUGUCAUCUGUGGACGCCACUGCGACUGGCGCGACAUCGGCAUCGGACGCCUCGGUGACUGCGCCGACCACAUCUACAACCGACACACAGCUGGCAUCCACAACGCCUGCUGUCUCGACGCCCACAGCUCCGGCUGUCACGACGUCUUCGCUGCCUGCCGUCUCAACACCCAAGGCGAGCACUUCGGCGACCGCAGUCACUCUGCCUGUCACAGCGUCGGUUCCCCCGUCGUCGCCUACACAAUCGACGCCGGUUGCUGUCACUACUUCGGCGUCAUCGGCCGCGCCCUCGGCCUCACAUGCCGGCGCAGCUGUCGCCCGUCACGCUAGCGGAUCAAUCUUGGCGCUUGCAGGUGUCGUCGCCGGCGCGAUCUUGAUGUAAAGGUGAAACAUAGUCUGCUGUCCACUAGGUUGUAUGAUACCACCAUCAUUUGAUGACUUGCCCUAUUCACGCUUAUGGACUUGUAUGGAUCUUGUCCCAUUACUCAUGUAACCAAUUUCCUGUCCAUUGGAAUUAUUAUCGCUUUUUCGAAUCUCUUUUACUGUGAUUUAU